AUGAAGGCGCCAAGUCCGUCUCCGAGGCAGUAUGUCGCCGGACGGCGGAUGAUGAAGAUCAAGGAAGCGAUGGACAGCUACGUGGUCAAAAUCGCUGAGGGGGCCGCUGAGCUCUACGUCCCCAAGGUCGAUGAUAUGGAGACCUGGGCGGCAGUGGAGGAGGCACGCAAGCUGGCAAGGCCCAUGGUGACAGCAGUUCCAGCGGAGAAGGAUAAGCAGGUCUUCCACGAGCGGCCCAGAAGCAAAGUGAAGAUCAGCACGCCACUGGACUCUGACGCGGAGGAGGAAGAGUCGCUAUCGACGCCGGACAGUUCGGAGGGCUCCGACUCCAGCGAGCCCGCGGCUGCAGGGUGGGAGAAAAAGCAGGAUGAAGAGGCGAUGGAGCAGUGGACUCUAGAGACCGCAGCAGAGUCCUUCCAGGAGCUUCUGAACUCCUUCAAGUUUGACCAGCGGGUCGACACCCUGGAAGAGCUUCAGAAGGGCUUCUCAAGACGUGUGGAAAGUAACGAGAAGCUGAACACGGAGAUGGAUGCUUUGGAGGUCCUCCUGCGACAGGACUGGGUUCAGUUGGAACAGGAAGUCGCCGAUUCACGUGUCUUCUUGGAGCAGCACGAGCUGCAGAUGUUCCAGGCGCUGCAGCGGUACUUCCGGUGCUUAGACAAGUACGUAUCUGCCCCUGGAUCCCGACAAAAGGCCCUGCAGGAGCUGCGCGAGAGCAUCCGGAGCACUGGUGGUCAGUUGAGUUCCCUCGGCCAGCCGUCGGAUGUCCUCGAGGUUGUCCAAUCCAUGGUGGACGAAAUCAAGCAUCUCCGCCAUGUCCUGGACUUGGAAUCGAAUCGCCACGACGCUUACGAUCACGCGCUGAAGAAGAUGAGCCUGGCAGCCCUGGUCGGCGAUGACUCCGUGCUGCAGGAUCCAGUCACAGCGCAGGUCGUGAAGGAAAUCCGCAGGUGGGAGAUCGAUGGCGGUAUCGAAGAGUGGGUCGCCCAACAAACCGCAGCACUGGGCAAGAACGAGUACGCGGCCCGAGUCACGCGCGUGAAGGCCGAGAUCGAGGAGCUCAAGCGGCGCUUGGAACGAUACAACAACAGGAAGCAGCGAAAGCGGGAGACUCUCCCUGACAAAGCAGGCGAGACAGCAGAUGAGUGGCAGCCUGCCACCUUCCAGAACGUCGCACUUUUCGACGACUCCGUGGAAUGGAAGUUCCAGCGCGAGCUCGAGGAGAUCCGUAAAGCCCAGAAGAAGCACGAGGAGCACCUAGCCAAGUUCGAAGGCCUCACCAGCCUUAUCCGCUAUCAGGAACCAGAUCUGGACGAGAGCUUCAACAAAAUCAUGGAGGUGACAUCGAGAGCCACGAUGUUGCGGCUCACUCGGCGUAUCGGCGGCUGCCCACGCCGCACUGCCGAGGAGCAGGAGGUAGAGAACUUCAUGCUGAUCAGGCAAGCAGCAGGUGAGGAGGACGAGCGGGAGCACCGGGACAACCUGAAGCGACUGCAGUCUGAGAAAGAGCUCAUGCAGAAGCAAGCUGAUGAGCAGGAGCAGAAGCAGAUGCAAGUGCAGCGAGCCAUUCGCCACGAGCAGCGCCUUCAAGACAGCCUUCAAGCCGAGAUUGACGAGGCCAAAGCCAUGAUCGAAUCCCUGGAAGACAACGUCAACCUCGUCGUGGCCCGGGAGACGAUGCGGCAAGCUGAGGAGAAGGAGAAUGUGCUGCUGGAGCAGUCCAAAGCUCGUGAGCAGAAGGAAGCACAGCUGGCACAGGCAUCCAGUCUCCUCGAAGAAGCGAAGGCACUGACGCGGCAGCUACUGCGGCAGCGGGCCACAGAUCUCGAGGCGGAGCUUGACAUUCUGACAUUGAGAAGCUCCGCGGUGACCUUGCAGGUGCUUGAGCGGCUCCAGGAGGCCUCCAACUCCAAAGAGGCACCCAGAAAUUUGGGGAAAUCGCCCACAUCCCAGACAUCCUCAUCUCCAACGUCUCCAACUCCGAGAUCUUUGGCCUUCGACCUGAGGACGCAGACACCGCAAAGAGGGGACAAGAACGCUCAGAGUCCGAGCGGCCCGAGCGGCCCGAGCGCGGCCCGAUCGAAGCCCGACAUCGAUGUGGCGCGAGCCCGCAGGCAGUCAAUAAGCAAAGGUGCUGCGGCCAUGGCAAACAUCUUAGGGCGAGCAGAUGAGACGCCAAGCCACAGCAACUCCAUGCGGGGAGGAGAUAUGCCUGCAUUCGACAAUUCCCCUGUGCACUCGUCACCUUCCAUUCAGACCUCGAGAUCUGGGCGACGGAUUAGCACGCUCAAUGCAUUUGGAAUGGCUGCGCGAAGGGCUUCUGCGACGUCUGGAGACACGGAGCUGGGCCGUCGACUGUUUGGGCAGCGCGCAUCUCUGCUGGCAGUUGGUGGCUUCAUGAAUCCAAUGAAGGCCAGUGACACCAGUCACCCCACAUUCCCCACAUCCAACUCAGAGUGGGCGGAGGACUCGCCAGAAUCUAGCAAGGACUCUCCCAAGCAAUCAACAUCCUGGCGAGGAGACUCCAGCCAACCACUCGAGACAGUUCAGCGGAAGGAACGUCGCAGGAUGACCAUGUUUAAUUCCUUGAGUGCUGCUGCAAAGGCGCAAGCGAAAGAUGCCAAAGGUCGCGCUGGAGGUGAUGCGGAGUUGGAAUUAGGUGUCAGCAACUCAUUUCGGGCGUCGCCAUCGGGUGAAGACCUUGACCCGCCCCUAGAAUCCUCCCAGUCACUUCGGACUUCGAAAUCUGGGCGACGGAGCAGCGCACUCAACACAUUUGCAAUGGCUGCACGAAGGGCUUCUGCGACGUCUGGAGACACGGAGCUGGGCCGUCGACUAUCCGGGCAGCGUGCAUCUCUGCUGGCAGUGAGCGGCUUCAUGAAGGCCAGCGAUUCCAAAUCCAAGCCAGACUGGGGGGCAGAGGAUUCGCCAGAAUCUAGCAAGGACUCUCCGAUGCGUUCAAAGUCCUUGAAAGGAGACUCCAGCCAACUUGGCCAACCACUCGAGAUAGUUCAGCGGAAGGAACGUCGAAGGAUGACCAUGUUUCAUGCCUUGAGUGCUGCUGCAAAGGCGCAAGCGAAAGCUCGUUCUGGAGGCGAUGCGGAGUUGGAUCUGGGUGUCAGCAACUCAUUUCGGGCGUCACCGUCGGGUGAAGACCUUGACCCGCCCCUAGAAUCCUCCCAGUCACUUCGGACUUCGAAAUCUGGGCGACGGAGCAGCGCGCUGGAAACAUUUGGCAAGCGCGCCUCCCUGUUGGCAGUGGACAGUUUCAUGAAGGCACGGGCCCACAGAUCGCCUUCGCCUGCUGAGAUUCCGGAAGUUCCCAGGAGUUCGAGGUCUCUGCGGGAAGCCCUUGGCUAG